AAUAAUAAUAAUAAUCAGAUGAUGUUAUCGUUUGCUAGCAUGAUGCAAUCAUCUUCCUCUUCGUCACCACCCUUUCCUGCUUCUGCAACCUCCUUCAAUAUAAGCGGCAAAGAUGGUGGUGCAGGCGGCGGCGGCGGCGCUUAUGAUGAUGAUGAAGAUGAGUUGGGUGAGUAUGAUCAAGAUGAAGAAGCUCUUUUUCUAUAUCUCAACGGCCAAGAUCACUCCCCUCAAGAUCAACGACGUGCAGAGAAUAGUGGGGGGGUGAGACCACAGUGCACCCUCAACAUUUUCCCUUCUCAGCCCAUGCAUGUAGACCCUUCUCCAACACCUUCCAAGGGGAGUAGUCCUGGAUUAGUAGUAGUAUCAGCAGCAGCAGCAGGUAGCAGUGGUUCGAAGAGAUCAUCAGCUGAUCCAUUCAUUGAUUUAUCAUCCAACCCUACUAAUCAUCAUCCUCCUGCUCCACCCAAACUGGUUAAGCGUGAAGGAAACCGAAAAGGGGCAACCUCAAUUUCAGACCAAGAUGGACGACCAAACACACCUCCUGCUGACCCCAAGACUUUGAGGAGGCUUGCUCAGAAUAGAGAGGCUGCUAGGAAAAGCAGGCUUAGGAAAAAGGCUUAUGUUCAGCAGUUGGAAUCGAGUAGGUUGAGGCUUACUCAGUUGGAACAAGAUAUACAUAGAGCUAGGUCCCAGGGAUUAAUGUUGGGAGGAAAUGCUGUUUUAGCAGGAGAUCAAGGCCUUUCUCUCAACUUAAAUUCAGAUGCUGCAUUGUUUGACAUGGAGUAUGCACGGUGGCUGGAGGAGCACCACCGUGUGAUGGUGGAGCUGAGGAAUGCGGUGGAGGAAGAGUUGCCGGAAAACGAGCUUCGUAUGUUUGUGGAGAACUGCUUAGUCCACUACGAUCAGAUGAUGAGGCUAAAGAACAUGAUUACUAAAUCCGACGUUUUCCACAUCUUCACCGGAAUUUGGAAGUCUCCGGCGGAGCGCUGCUUCAUGUGGAUGGGCGGCUUCCGCCCAUCUCACCUCAUCAAGAUAAUAAUGAGGGAGAUAGAGCCGAUGACAGAGGGACAAAUGAUGGGAAUAUAUGGAGUGCAGCAGUCAACGCAAGAAGCAGAAGAAGCACUCUCACAUGGACUUGAUGCACUGAAUCAAUCUCUAUCAGAAACCCUAAUUUCUGAUUCACUUCUCUUAAAUUGCUUCCCUCAAAACAUUAACAACUAUAUGUCACACAUGGCUCUUGCCAUCAACAAACUCUCCACCCUCGAAGGCUUCGUUCGACAGGCUGAUAACUUGAGGCAGCAAACCCUACACCGGGUGCACCAAAUUCUGACGACGAGGCAAAGUGCGAGGUGUUUUCUAGCAAUCGGAGAGUACUUCCACCGCCUCCGUGCACUCAGCUCCCUUUGGUUGUCCCGCCCCCGCCACCAAUAAUUAACCGCUACGAUCGGAGAGUGAGAUCAGUCAAACCCUAGCUAGCGAGCUAGCUACAUAUUUUCUGCCUAUAU